CGAAAAAAGGAGCCCCCACCCUUGGCCACCACUAAUCUCUUACCCGGGAACAAAACACCGCCGCUGUUCUUGAUCCACCGACGACCAUUCUCCGGUGGGAAAUUUUCGGGGAGGUCAUGAUCUGCUGACCGCCCCCAAACCAACCCAUCGUGUCCGGCCGGCGAGAACAAUGUCUUGCUGCGGCAGCGCCGAGGAGGACACGUACGGCCCGCCGGCGAACCAAGCCGCUCCGCCGCCCAACGUCAACGCUCCCGGCAACAGAGGCGGGCCGAGGGGGCCCGGCGCCGCGAGGCCCGGAGGGCCGCCCAAGGUGGUCACCAUCGACGUGCCGGCGAUCCCGCUAGACGAGCUCAACAAGAUGACCAACAAUUUCAGCGACAAGGCCCUCAUCGGCGAGGGCUCCUACGGCCGCGUCUACAAUGGUACCCUUAGCGACGGCCGCCCCGCCGUCAUCAAGAAGCUCGAUCCCAGCGCCUCAACGGAGUCCGACUCCGAAUUCUCUGCUCAGCUAGCAAUGGUCUCCAAGCUUAAGAACGAGUACUUCGUGGAACUCCUGGGCUAUUGCAUGGAGGAUGGGAACCGCAUGCUGGCCUAUCAAUUUGCAACCAUGGGUUCUUUGCAUAAUAUCUUGCACGGCAAGAAAGGAGUGCAGGGCGCUGAACCCGGGCCGGUGCUCAACUGGGCUCAGCGCGUGAAGAUAGCUUACGGAGCGGCAAGGGGGCUAGAGUACCUACAUGAAAAAGUCCAACCAUCGAUUGUUCAUCGAGAUAUUCGGUCGAGUAACGUCCUAAUAUUCGACGAAUUCAGCUCCAAGAUUGCGGACUUCAACCUGACAAACCAGGGCACCGACACCGCUGCCCGGUUACAUUCGACUCGUGUGCUAGGAACAUUUGGAUACCACGCACCAGAAUAUGCCAUGACAGGGCAAAUCAACCAAAAGAGUGACGUCUAUAGCUUCGGCGUGAUCCUACUAGAACUACUGACGGGAAGAAAACCGGUCGAUCACACCAUGCCAAAAGGGCAGCAAAGUCUUGUUACUUGGGCCACUCCAAGGUUGAGCGAAGAUAAAGUAAAACAAUGCGUUGAUCCAAAGCUCAACAGUGACUACCCUCCAAAAGCCGUCGCCAAGCUAGCAGCAGUGGCAGCGCUGUGCGUGCAGUACGAAUCCGACUUCAGACCGAACAUGACGAUCGUUGUGAAGGCGAUUCAGCCCCUUCUCAACCAAAAACCGGCUGGACCAGCCGCCGAAGCACCGAGACCCUGAUCGUUCAGCGCUAGGCGGCACAAAGAAGCUUCAACGAACUCUUGCAUGGUUCCAUGUGUUAUAUCUAUAGAUCAUCUACUUGAUUUGUUUAGGUCAUGGGCUGACCACCUGUGGCGGUGCUAGGUUCAAAACCUUGUCAUGUCAAAAUUUUCUGACCGAAAAUCGUGUAGACAAAUUAAACAGGAGAAACAGAAAAGAAUGUACUUUCUUAUGGUAGCAGUCCUUUAUAUGGUUAUGCAAAUAUUUGAUAUGAAUGCAAUA